UUUGCUGUUAGCUUCUGGAAAAGUCACCAGUGUACCUGCACUCAACAUUGUUCGUCCGUUUUCGCAGAGACCAGGUAAUUUGCGAGCGUAUGAGUGUCUUUUUUCUACCUUUCUUUGCUGUGAGAAUGUCUUCUGAAGAGACGCUUAGUGACGGCCGAGUGAGGGGGAGGGUUGAGGAGGCAGAGAAUAGGGAUUUGAGGCUGCCGUCGAACAUUUUGGAGAGAGAGGAUGGAAGAGAGCUGUGUUUCAACCCUGAGGGGGAAGUUGUUAGUGAGGUGGCAGGGUAUGAAACAACUUUGGAAAAUAGGGGUAGUUUGGCCCACUUGGUUGAGAAUUAUGGGGUGCCUGGGCGUGUGUUGGUGAGGCCGACGGGGAGUAGAGAGAGGGCAUGUUCGGCCCCGGGGGACCACUGGAUGCCUCUCUACUCCCAUUACUUGGCGGCUGGGUUGCAAUUCCCUUUCCCAGACCUGUUGGUGUGGUUGUUGUUGGAGUAUGGUCUGGGGUUAACGCAACUCACCCCCAAUGCUGUGAGGUUAGUGGUGGUGUUUGCAGUGUAUAGCCGAAGUCGGGGGGUAAGUUUUCCCACUGCUAACAUAUUCAAGUACUUUUACGUCUUGAAUGCUGGGAGUGGUAGGGAGAAGGGGUGGUACUAUUUUACGGGCCGGCUAGUGAAUAAGCAGAGGAGGGGUCUGCUUAGCGCUGGGCCGUCCUCCAUUAAAAGGUGGAAAGAUAAGUUCUUUUUUGCGGAUGACACAGAGUGGGAUAAGACUGAUGCUGAGGUGGAACACUUGAGUCGUUGGAAGGCGAAAGGGUUAAACCUCAAUGAGUAUAGUUUGACCCCGGGGGAGUUAGAGGAUGUGGGGGAGUUGGAAAGAGGGGGUGUGGGUUUGCUGGACAUCAUGGAGUAUACGAGUCAGAGGAUGUUAGACGCGGCUGAGAUAUAUGGGCCGAGCUCACAAAGAGGAGAAGAGAUGAACAAGUUUUUGGACGCAGCUAGUGGAGCUGGAAUUCCAAAGAAGGGGAGAGGGAAGAGAGGCGAGGUCAGGAGGCGGGUGGAAGAGGUUUCACUGCCUCAAGCCGAAGUGGAAAACUUGGCUAUCACACAGCCUGGCCAUGUUGGAGGGGGAGUGACGGUUGCUGAGGAGGGGCCCAUUGUGGCGAAGAGGAGGAGGCUGGAGCGACAAGAGGCCGUGGAGGAGGUAGAUGAGGCACCAGAGGCCGUGACUUCAACCCUCCGCCUGGAAGGGACCUCGUCAGCCUCGGCUGUUCAGUUUGCUGCUGCGCUCCGGGAGCAAGGGUACAUCCGAGCGCAGAUGACUAGCUUUUAUGACUCCGGGAUAAGGAGUACAGCAAAGAGGUUCAUCAACACUUAUUUCUCGGAGGUGGACCGCCAGCGUGCAAAGGACGAGGUGGCUGCCAGGGGUUCAGUUGGCGUUGUCCGUCAAACGCUGAAGGCUGUUAAUCUCGUGAAUGCUUUGGCCCAUGAGCAUCACGAGAGUUUUAAAGAGAGGAACCAAAUGAGGAAGGAUAACGCCGAGCUUGUCAAGAAAAACAAGGAGGCCGAGGACUCGGAGAUCUCGUACCAGAAGAGGAAGAUAUGCGAGGCUGAGCUCGAGAAGAGGGAGAAGGAGCUGGAGGAUGUGGGGAGGACAGUGGUUGAGUUGGAACUCAAGGUUCACAACUCAGUCGAAGAGCAUGUGGAGGGGUUCCUGAGGUCCAGCACCUUCGAGGACAUCGUCAACCUCUAUCGUCUUCCUAUUGCUAUCGUGGCUUUCUCUAACUGCCGGAAGAAGGUAAAGCUGCAAUAUCCUAGUGUGGAUAUAACGAAGAUUACCUUCGGAGAGCAGGAAGGGGAGGUGGAGGAGGACGGAGAGAGCAGUACUGUUGACUUCCACCCGGAGAUAACGCUGAAGUGGGAGAGGGAUAGCAGAGGUCAAACCGUUUUGCCUCCCAAGUUUAGUUUUGAAUUCGUGGCAGUGGAGGAAGAGGGGACCGAAGGUGGCGAGGUUACCGAAGGUGCUGAAAAGUCAACUGAAGGUGCUGACCAGCCAAGUCAGCCUACUGAUAACCCCGAGCAGCCUGCGGCCAACUCGAACCAGACUGCUGACUAGAUUUGGCCUCGGUUUUUUUUUUUUUUUUUUGAGAGAUAUUCUUUGUAAACGAUCAGAAUUUAAUGGAAUGAAUUUGAUUCUUUUUU